AUGUGUCACGUGCAUGUUGGACAAACGGCGAUUGGGGAGAAGCGAUUGCGGGCCGAGCCGGUGUUUGACGGAAUGGCUAGCUCUUGCGACGUUAUUAUUGGGAAAAAGGUCAACAAGAACGCGUAUUUCAAAUAUCAAGGAAAGCCGUUAGUCCACUUUCUCGGGAGCGAUGUCAGCAAAGCCGCUUGGCAAAAGUUUAAACAAGAUUUGGAGGUUGAAAUCCUCCUCAUACCAGGAUUUAACACCGUUGCACCAUCGCCAUCAUUCUUUAACACUUACUCGUCACUGGAUGGCAUCUUCAGUUGGAACUCCUGGCCUUCCGAAGGCUAG